AGAUGCAGUGAUGAUGUUUACCUCCACAGAGCGAGUCCACAUCCACUAAACCGGGCCUGGCUUCCUGCUCCAAUGACCCGCCUCGUCUGACUCCACCUGAGUCCGCCUUCUGUCGACCCGUGGGGCGGGGCUGGCCCUGCUCGGGGAUGGAGAGCCGAUGCAGCAGCAGCGCCGAUUCGCGGCUGACCGGCAGGGGGGUGGGGUCUAUCAACACCACGGGCGUCUGUGCGAGGGUGGAGUCGUGCGAAUCCGGCGAGAAGAAGUGCAUUUCCGACGUGAGGAGGACCUUCUGCCUCUUCGUCACCUUUGACCUCUUGUUCAUCACCUUGCUCUGGAUCAUAGAGCUCAAUGUGAACGGUGGCAUUCAGAAGCAGCUGGAUAAAGAAGUCCUGCACUACGACUACCGCGCCUCCUUCUUCGACAUUUUUCUCCUGGCUGUUUUCAGGUUUGCCACUCUCAUCCUGGCGUACGCCGUCUGUAAGCUCCGUCACUGGUGGGCCAUCGCGAUCACCACUGCAGCCAGCUGUGCUUUCCUGAUUGUUAAAGUCAUUUUAUCAAAGCUGCUGUCUCAGGGGGCCUUUGGGUACCUGCUGCCCAUUAUCUCCUUCGUGUUGGCCUGGAUAGAAACAUGGCUGCUCGACUUCAAGGUUCUGCCUCAGGAGGCCGAAGACGAAAACAGAUAUCAGUCCAUCAUGGACGCCACAGAGCGAGCUCCUCUCAUGUAUCCGGGUCCUUUAUCUGACGGGCAGUUCUACUCUCCACCAGAGUCUGUGGCAGACUCUGAUGAGGAGCUGGACGAUAAACACGAUCCAGAAAAAGGGCUCAUUCAGCAGCUGACUUAACAGGAUCUCCGUUUCUGAAGGUGAAGUGUUUCCGGCUCCUGUUCUGCUACUGAGGGAAAAUUCUGCCUUACACAUUCUGCCAUUUUUAGUUUUUUCCGUCUCGAUGAAGUCUUUGUAUCCUCCUAACCCACGAAUGCCCCUAUGUGAUAUCAGCCUUCUGCAUGCACACUGGGACUGGAAAAGUGUUUCAGUAUCACGACUUGUGGUUAUUUUUAGGAUUUCUCCACACGUUUGAGGAACUCUGGACCUUCGAAGGAGAAUCCAUACUAAUGAGUAUUUACACACAAAAUUGCACAUUGUGUCUGAGGCUCCCAGCUGCGAGAUCGAAUGAAAAUGAAAUCAAUACAUUAAGAUUGAUUUCAGUGUCAGACCGUAAAUCAAAGAUAUAAAAAAAACAAAUGAUUUCUUCUCUACGGUAUUACUGUCUUAUAAUGUCAUGUUUACAUUUAAUUUGUUGAUCAUUUUCACAUGCUUGGGUUUGAAGUCACUGUAAUGGAAAAUAAGCUUUCCCCAUAGACUCUGCAUAACGAAAAAGGAUUUUAUUUUAUUUUUUUCGGCCAGUAUUGAGUCUGUGGACCAUGUUUGUAGCAAACGAGAGGCAGAACAUUUGUGUUUGACUACUUCCAGGUCUCAAAGAGCAGUGAAAUGCCUUACACAGAAUAUUAUUACAGUAUAAAGAUGAUGAAGAAGUAUAAAGAAUACAGUCUGCUUCUAAAAGAGUAUGAAGUAUUAUUUUAUUUCAAACUAAAAUGAGCCAUAAAAUCUGAAGCGUUUAGAGGUCGGGCUGCUCUGUAUGAACCGGAACUGCUGUUAGACACAGUCGGAGCUCAGUAUGAGUUGAAAAAUACAUGUACAUAUCUUCAUGCAUGCCUUGCAAGUCGAGUGUUUUUUUUUUGUUUUUAUUGAAAGCUUGUCUAUAAAAUAGAAUCAUUAAAAUGUGAAAUCUUGUUUGUCA